CGCGCUCCUGCUCCCUUCACUUGCUACUGUAACACCGCCUCCUACCAUGCAUGCCCACUUCAUCCACUUCAGAUAAUCGUGUGUCAUGUCAUGUGGUCAUCUCAUCUCAGUGCACGGUGUCAGACAAGGCAGCCGCAAGAUUACGACACAAAAAAUACCCGUCAUGUUCACUUAAUGACAGAGGAGGCGGUAGAGAUGUCAUGUUUCUCAUUAUCUUUUACUUUCCUGAGCUAAGUAACUAUGUGAAAAUGGUUUUGUUCAUCACACAGAGUCGUACAGCAGCGUCUCAAGUCCCUCCUCUGCCCCCACCUCUCCUUUUUGGUGAUUGGGCUUGUGUUAUCAAGCAUUUUCGAGCGGUAUGAGUCUUCUGCUGUCUCUAAACUAUAAGGAAGUGUUUUGUUGGGAGCUUCCUUGAUAAUGAGGGAUUGAUAUGCUCACGUAUUCCUUCGCUUCUCUCUCUCUCUCUCUCUCUCUCUCUCUCUCUCUCUCUCUCCGGUGCCAGCACAAGAAAGUCUGCGCACAUAAGAGGUCUUCACACUACUAUAUCCACAUCCUUCCGUUCACAACACUCACUCACGAAUUGUUAUUCAACGCAACAAGAGAUGGUUCAUCCUCUGUGGGAAGUUCUCAAAGAUCCGCGGGUCCUUCGCGAUAUGGUCCAAAACCCAGAAACCUUCAGGUGCGUCAAAUUUCCAUAAACACGACACUAUAUUGGUUAGGGUUGAGGAAGAUUUGUUUUCAUCAAUAUACAUUCUAUGAUUCCUGAGUUGACACAUAAAGUGUAAGAGACGAUUUCAAACCAAAAUGUUUCCUCGCUGUACUAACAUGACAUACUGUAUUCAAACAUUAAAAAAAAAUUAAAGGCAUCACUGAGAUGUUUCACGGUUUUCUCAGAACCCUGGAUUUCCAUCCUUUCAUCAGGUUCCCAAACGGAGCAUCGCUGGUGGUGGCAGCAGCAGCGUGGCCACCACAUGUCCUCUUUGAGCCACCACCAGAUGGGAAAGCAGAAAGGCGGAGCUGCACCUCGGUCAUCAAGGGGCCCAUGGCUAACAUGAUUAACAUCUUGGCUGAAACACUGAAUUUCACGUACAUGCUGGUACAACCACUAGACAAGGCCUGGGGAUCCAGACUGCCCAACGGAUCCUGGACGGGCAUGGUGGGCAUGGUCAGCAGACAGGAAGCAGAUCUUGCUCUCGGUCCAUUUGGUCAAACAGAGAGCAGGACUCAAGCAGUGGACUUCACUCCAUCUUUCUUUUUUGACCAUCGCUGCCUGAUGGGGAGUAAAAGCGUGCCAGAGAUAGAUGCCUGGAGCUUCCUUUACGUGUUGGCACCAACCUUGUGGGCUGGUCUGGUGGGGGCAUGUCUGGUAGUGUGGACUGCCACAAUGCUGCUCUCUCUGGCACCUCAAAGGGACUCUCAUCGCUGGAGGAGUGGACAGACUCUGUUUCGACUGGUGCAAAUCAUUAUGAACCAAGAUAUAGCAUGGGAGUCCCUGGGUUGGCAUGAGCGGGGCGUGCUGGGCGGAUGGGUGGUAGUGGUAGCAGUGAUAGGGUGGGCCUAUGGCAGUCACCUCACAUCCCUCCUGGCAGUGCAGCAUACCCCAACACCCAUCCAGUCCUUCCAGGAUGCACUGCACCAGCCAGGUCUCAAUGUCAUCAUGAGACCUGACACAAUCCUUGCUGAAGCCAUAAUUGGUGGCACCUCAAAGGAGGUGCAGGAUCUGCGACUGCUGCAGGCUGUGGGUCGUCUCAGACAGUGGGGAGGUUCCCUCUUUGAUGAAGACCUCCACGAUCAGCUAAAAGAAGGCAACAGCGUCUUGGUGACCACAUCACUGUUUGCUGAUGAACUCAUUGCUCUUGAUUUUAAGAGUACAGGAAUCUGUAAUUUCUACAAAUCCAACUGGUUUUUCAUCGCCUCCAGUCAUUGUAUGAUAGGCCAAAAGGGCAGCACCCUCAUGUCUGCCAUCACUCCCAGAAUUACAGCAAUGGUGGAGGCCGGCUUGUACCAUCACUGGUUAGCAGCUCAGCUCCCGCAAUAUGGGCAAUGCCACAGUGCUCACUCCACAACUGCUGUCAUGUCCUCACUCUCUCUUCACAACCUCUGGGGGAUGGUGGCAGUGCUGUCCAGUGGACUGACACUGGCGGCAGUAGUGUUCUGCAUUGAGGUACUCGUCGCUAAAGCAAGAUGAAGAUUCUCAAAGAAAAUUCUACAUUCCAUAUCAAGCACAGGCAGAACAAUACAGUAAUGACAAUGAUAACAUCAACGACAAUAAAAAUCAAAUAAAUCAACAAGAUCAACAACAAAGAAAAGAAAACAAAGCAGUAAAAUUAUUCAAUACAUUAACCACAUUGGCUAUCAUACUAUUCUGGCUAAUGGGUACUAAAUACUUAUGCAAUCAUUACAAAUACUGCAUAUGAUACAAAUAUCACCUCACACACUUUACCAUUUCCAUAAUUAUGAGAAAUAAAUCAAUAAGAAUUCUCUUGACACUGGUACAAUAUCUAUCUAUCUAUCUAUCUAUCUAUCUAUCUAUCUAUCUAUAUAUAUAUAUAUAUAUAUAUAUAUAUAUAUAUAUAUAUAUAUAUAUAUAUAUAUAUAUAUAUAUAUAUAUAUAUAUCAUCAUCAUCAUCAUCAUCUUUUGCUUGCCUUCACACUGAAGUCUCUGCAUUCCACAUCCUCUUACUCCCUAUACAAUAUCCCUUACAUUCUCCAAAGCAUUAACAAUCAGGAUAUCAUUAUCUGCAUACUACAGCAAUUCCUGGCCACUUCAGUCCUUGAAAACUAUUGGAGUACUCUGAGUAUAAUAACAAAAAGCAGACAGCUCAGCACUAGUCUUAUGUUCAUCACAAUUCCUUAAUAUUUUACAAACUACUUAUUCAUAUCAAAUGCAGUACUUCAUUAUCAUCUGUACUCGCCACUCAUUUACUCUUAGCUUCAAAAAGAAUACUACUUCUUAGUACGUACACUAAGGCUUAUA